AAUAGUGAGUCAUUAAGGAAAUUAACAUCUCACCCCUUGAAAGGAGGAGGAUUGUGGUCAGAUCCGGAAGGAGCUCUGAAGAGGCAACAGGAAUCCAGUCAGCAGAUUGGACAAACAGCCUGGGGGCAGCUAGUACUGAAAAAGCCACGGGACUUCACGGAAACUCUUGAGAGACCAGCCCUACCGGGGAGGUAGGACUGGCUGUCCAGCCAGCAGGAAUCUCAAGGCCAUCAUGUGGCUCCAAUUAGUUCCUAAGUGGCCGUGAGCUCAGAAGCUCUCCCCAAGGUCUGAGCCCAAGACCGGAGGUGGAACAAGGAAAUCCAGUCCAAAAUCUGACAAAUAAGCCAUGACGGUCAGCGAACAGGACUCCACAGAUUCCAAAGAAAGUGAUUCGGUGAAAGAGAAAUUGGACUGGUCCUGCUGGCUCAUCGUGGCCUCUCUGGUGGGCGCCUUCGGCUCCUCCUUCCUCUAUGGGUACAACCUGUCGGUGAUGAACGCCCCAACUCUGUACAUCAAGUCCUUCUACAAUGAAUCGUGGGAAAGAAGGCACGGACAUCCAAUAGACCAAGACACUCUGACCCUGCUCUGGUCUGUGACGGUGUCCAUAUUCGCCAUUGGUGGACUCGUGGGGACGUUACUGGUGAAGCUGAUCGGAAAGGUUCUUGGGAGGAAGCACACUCUGCUGGUCAACAAUGGGUUUGCGAUAUCUGCUGCACUGCUCAUGGCCUGUUCUCUCCAGGCAGGAGCCUUUGAAAUGCUCAUCGUGGGACGCUUCAUCAUGGGCGUGGAUGGAGGCAUCGCCCUCAGCGCGCUCCCCGUGUACCUGAACGAGAUCUCGCCCAAGGCGAUCCGCGGCUCCCUGGGGCAGGUGACCGCCGUCUUCAUCUGCGUUGGCGUGUUCGUGGGGCAGCUGCUGGGCCUGCCUGAGCUGCUGGGGAAGGAGAGCACCUGGCCAUACCUGUUUGGAGUGAUCGCUGUCCCUGCCUUGGUCCAGCUGGUGACCCUGCCUUUUCUCCCCGAGAGCCCCCGCUACCUGCUCUUUGAGAAGCACGACCGGGCCGGAGCCGAGAAAGCCUUCCGAACCUUCCUGGGCAAAGAGGAUGUCUCCCGAGAGGUGGAGGAGGUCCUGGCAGAGAGCCGCUUGCAGAGGAACAUCCACCUGGUGUCCGUGCUGGAGCUGCUACGGAGUCCCUUCGUCCGCUGGCAGGUCAUCACUGUGGUCGUCACCAUGGCCAGCUACCAGCUCUGCGGUCUCAACGCGAUUUGGUUCUACACCAGUAGCAUCUUUGGGAAAGCUGGGGUCCCUCCGGAAAAGAUCCCAUACAUCACCUUGAGCACCGGUGGCAUUGAGACUUUGGCCGCCAUCUUCUCUGGCUUGGUCAUUGAGCGCCUGGGACGGAGACCCCUCCUCAUGGGCGGCUUUGGGCUGAUGGCCCUCUUCUUUGGAAUCCUCACCGUUACAUUGACGCUGCAGGACCACGCCCCCUGGAUCCCAUACCUGAGUAUCGUGUGCAUUCUGGCCAUCAUAGCCUCCUUCUGCAGCGGGCCAGGGGGCAUCCCGUUCAUCCUGACCGGCGAGUUCUUCCAGCAGCCCCAGCGGCCGGCUGCUUUCAUCAUCGCGGGCACUGUCAACUGGCUCUCCAACUUCGCCGUGGGGCUCCUCUUCCCGUUCAUUCAGAAAAGUCUGGACACCUACUGUUUCCUGGUUUUUGCUGCGAUCUGCCUCACAGGUGCUAUCUAUUUCUAUUUUGUCCUGCCUGAGACAAAAAACAGAACCCAUGCAGAAAUCAGCCAGGCAUUUGCCAAAAGGAACAAGGCCUACCCUCCGGAGGAGAACACGGACUCAUCUGUGAGCGACAAUAAGGUGGCCAGAAGGCCCGAGCAAGACAUCGCCUCCACGCUGGACAAUUAUGUCAAAGAUGGGAUUGUCUAAAUGGAUAGUCUCACCAUUUCAGGAAACCAGAGGUUUCCCUACACGGUUAAUAUUAUUAAGUAUUUAAAAAUAAACCUUUGCUAAUCUAACGUCACAACCAUUUGGGUUUCAUUCAUAGCUUAUCUCCAAACUCUCUGGAAGGUGGACCCCUCAUUUUUCUUAUGGAUCAAUGGCCUGUCCUCUUCAUGACUUAGCCCAUGGUUUCGACAUGAAAUUGGGGAAAUAGCAUCUGAAGGCUUUCUCACCGGAAAACCAUUUAGUCUGACCAGAGAUGGCAGUGGGCCGAAAAGCACAGACCAAGGUCCUGGUGCCAGAUGAGCCAUAAGAAGCCUUGAGCUGCCCUCAGCCCGGAUCCUGAAACCCCAAGGGACCCUUGUCUUUGGUCCUAGAUGAAGGUUUUCAGACUUCAGUGGAAAGACUCUUUUACGUCCUAACAAGUGCCUGGUUACCAGUCUUUGGCUUGGCCUUGUGGGUGUCUCUGGCUCAAGAAGCUGAUACGAACCCACCAUCAUCCAGGCUGUGUCCCACAGGGCUCAAGACUUCCAUCCAUGAGACUGUCUUCAUCUCAGAGCAUCAGAUGUGUCUCAGAAGACAUAAAGAGGUUCAAAACGUGGGAGAAGUAACUUUCCAGUAGCUGGGGCAGUGACUGCGGAUUGAGUUCUGCUCAACUGAAAAAACAAUAUUAAGAACGAUUCUGAAGUGAAACCAAGGCUUGGAAAGACAGGGCAGAAGACCAGUGUAAGUGUGAGGGCAAAUUCUCCUUUCCUCUGCCCCUUUGUGUUCUAUUCAGGCCCUUGACAGAUUGGCUGAGGCCCACCCACAUCGGGGAGAGCAGUCUGCUUUACACAGUCCACCAAUUCAAAUGCUAAUCUUGUCUGGAGGUACCCUCGUGGGCAUGUCCAAAAUAAUGUUUAACCAAAUAUCUGAAGCCCCCCAAGACCCAGUCAAGUUGACACAUUAAAUUAAUCACAGACGGUGAGUUCAGCAUUACACAAAGUGCUCAAGAGAAGGUUGGGUGAUUGCUUGUCUUGACUGCUGUUGUGGAAAUCUAAGUGUCACUUGUGGGAGGAGUGCUUCAGAGCAGAUAUGCUUGAGGACUCUUCCAGCCCUAUGUGCUAGGGCUGUUUGGGUUGGAUCAGUUUGCAGCCUGCUGUGAAAAUGCCGGCCCUGUGGAUUGGGUGAUUCCCUGUACUUGCGUGCAGACUGAAACAAGUUCAGAAUGCCCAUAUAUAUAUGAAAGUACACGCGAAUUAGCACGUGUGUGCUUGAAUUUAGUAUGUCACAGUAGGAGUGGGCCAGAGAGGAAGGGCUCUGGACAUGGCAAUGCCCCUGAGACCCUUUCAGCCACAAUCCCUCAGGCUUUCCUGACCAUUCCUGGCAAGGCCAGCCUUCGCCAAAACCUGAGUUCUGAAUUUCCUUUCCUGCCGAAUACUCUUCUAUCACUGGGCUUCUCCUUUGGUUGGCUUCCAACACAGUGCACCAUACUACCCAGCUUUGGUUUGGCUGAAAGAUUUGGACGGUGGGUGUCGAUAUGGAGAGAAAGUGAUAUGUGGGUGCAAAAAAGUGCCUGAGAACAUAAGAACAUAAAAGCCAAAUAAAGUGCAAAAAGAUA